UUCCGCGCGCGCCUGCCUGGUAAGCGCCGGACCUCGGGGCGGAGGUUGGGCGUCCGCGCUGCGACCCCCGCCGGAGUAAGAUGAACGGAACGCGGAACUGGUGUACCUUGGUGGACGUGCACCCGGAGGGGCAGAUUGCGAGGCAGAGGAAGGUGACUUGUGGCUGAAUGUUACUAGCCUUUGCUGGGGAACUUGACCCAGAAUGGGCGGGCAGAAAGACCUAUGCGAUGGUGUCUGGCCGCUCAACUGGUCAUUCCCUGGCCUCAGAACUGGUGGAGUCCAAUGAUGGACACGAGGAGAUCAUUAAGGUGUACUUGAAGGGGAGGUCUGGAGAUAAGAUGAUCCAUGAGAAGAAUAUCAACCAGCUGAAGAGUGAGGUGCAGUAUAUCCAGGAGGCCCGGAACUGCCUGCAGAAGCUCCGGGAGGACAUAAGUAGCAAGCUUGACAGAGAUCCAGGAGAUUCUCUCCAGGGACAGGAGAUACAGGUGGUGUUAGAAAAGGCAAAUGGAUUAAACCCAAGCUCCACGACCCGGGAUAGCAGCCCACCUGAGGUAGACACCUAUGUAAACGAAGAUGCUGAGAGCUUGAGGAGGACUGUGCGGGACCUGCUUGUCAAGCUGCGGGAGGCUGAGCGGCAGCACCAGUCAGACCGUGCAGCUUUUGAGGUCACACUCAGCCGGUACCAGAGAGAAGCGGAACAGAGUCAAGCGGCCCUUCAGAGAGUGGAGGACAGAGUGGGGCAGAAGGAGGCAGAUGUCGGAGAGCUCCAAAAGCGCUUGCUAGGCAUGCAGGCGGAACAUCAGGCCUUACUGGCAAAGGUUAGGGAAGGGGAAACAGCCCUGGAGGAACUUCAUAGCAAGAACACUGACUGCCAAACAGAACGAGAAAAGGCUGCCAGGCUGGAAAAGGAAGUGGCUGCGUUGCGGGAGAAGAUCCACCACUUGGAUGACAUGCUGAAAAGCCAGCAGCGCAAAGUGCGGCAAAUGAUCGAGCAGCUCCAGAAUUCAAAAGCUGUGGUCCAGUCAAAGGACAGCACCAUCCAGGAGCUCAAGGAGAAAAUCGCCUACCUGGAAGCAGAGAACUUAGAGAUGCAUGACCGGAUGGAACACCUGAUAGAAAAGCAGAUCAGUCAUGGCCACUUUAGCACCCAGACCUGGACCAAGACCGAGAACCUGGGCAGCGUCAGGAUAUCCAAGCCCCCCAGCCCUAAUAAGCCCAUGCCUCUUAUCCGAGUGGUGGAAACAUGAGCGGAAGGAGCCGGGUGCUGCUGUUGCUGCUGCCUCUCGCCUGCGGAGAAGCCCGACACACCUGUAGGCUGUCGCCCCGACUUUGAUCUUCCUGACUGAUCCCUGGCUGCACUCGGGGCUGGGGGUUCAUGUGUCCCACUGUUUCCAAACCCCUGUCCCCUGUAUGCUGGGCAGACAGAGAGUGAACGCCUCCUCUGGACACUGCAGCCCUUUGGAGGACGUUAACGUGCCAGCAAGAGCCGGGGCGGUACCCUCAUUCCCGUAGUUACUACUUUUCUCUGUAGCAGAGCCCCCCUUCUCUCGUAGACCAGAGUUCAGCUGCCCCAGAGUCCAGGCCCUCAUUGGGUCAGGAGAGGUGGCAAGAUUUGCCUCACCCAGUGAAGCCAGAGGCACCGAUGUCCACAGCGAUGUCCACAAACACAGCUCAGUUCUUAGCAACAUUGUUUGUUUUUCCACUUGCUCUGCCCGCAGCCCCUGCUGACCCGGGCCUCCUACAGACAGACACAGGAUGACCUGUCAUGGCCUGGGCAGAAUCAGUGAGCCUCAGCUCUGACUGGCCAGCCUUGUCUUCCUAGGAGAAGGAAAUGUACGUUCCGGGAGUAGCUUUUAGUGGAAAGAUUCUGUAGGGCCACAGGGAGUUAUGUGUGACUUCUCUCUGCUGGGAAGGCUCUCAGCAUCUCUUAGGGUUUCCUCCAAGAUGCAGUGCAAGGUACACCUCAAUCUUCUUGACUCAAGAGCCUAAAAACUGUUUUCGCUGGGUUACGUCAAUCUCAGUGAAACUCUGAUUGUAUUUAUUUUGCUAAGUUAUUGGUGUUUUUCCUUACAUCUCACAAUUGAUGUAAUACCAGAGUUUUACAGCCUUCUCUUGUGGUGUUUGGAUUUGCUCCUUGCAGGGAAAGAUGUGUUCCCACUGAACUUGUUGAUUUCAGAAGUAAAUCUUUUUCUCUUUUUCCUGUACCUGCCUCUUUUCCUUCCUCCUUCAAACCUGAUCUGAACCUCAGGGAGGCAAGUAUGUUUGCCGUGAGGCUUUGGGCUCCGAGUGUGUGUUGUUUGGGGGAAGGAGAUAAUCGGGACUCUUCUGGGGAGGGAUUGAGUUCUUCCCCUAAGCCCUCUGCACCUUCUGUUCCACAGUCAGUCUGUUUUCCUGGCUCCAAAUGGCCCUGACACUCAUCGUGUUUUCUUUAGGGCUCUUCCUGCAGCCUCAAGGAGGAGAUAAGCAUCAGAAAGUGGUACUGUAGGGCACAGGAACAUUCAGAGUCCACAUGGGUCAAGUCUUGAGGUUCUCCUUGGCUCAGAACCAGAAGGCCGAACUCUGUGUGUCAGGACUGGGCCGAAGUGCCGGUGCUGUCCAGAAUGCGGUUCUGGUGUUCCUGAUUGACUGUACUCGCUGUAAAACAAGGGGGUCCAGAUGAUCUCCAUGGGCCCUUCCAGUUCUGAUGUUUUUUCCUGUGGCAUAUUCUUUGUAUGGCAAACUUAAUAAAAUAUAUUAAUGUGUCUCUUUGA